AUGGAGCAUAAAGCUUUGUGGACUCUUAAAUUUUUUAAUUUUGAUCCUUCUAAAACUCAAAAUAAGCGCAGAAGGCAGAUGCUGGAGCUUGAAGAGAUGUGGUUGCAUGCAUAUGAUUCAUCCAGAAGCUACAAAGAACAGUUGAAGUCAAAAUGGUCUGGGCCUUUCAUAGUGAAAAGUGUGCGUCCACAUGGAGCGAUUGAAUUGGUUGAUCCAGCUGCCAAUGAUCAACAGAGUAGUUGGGUGGUGAAUGGUCAACGUCUCAAGCAUUAUCUGGGAGGAGAAGUAGAGCGGUUGUCCACAGUGAUGAAGUUGGUUGAUCCUUGA